CGUGCUGGCCUUCUCUCCGUCCUCUCGUGAGAGCGUGCGGGUGGUGGCCGUAGAAGGGAAGUGCCUCCUCUCAGUAACGUCACAGACGCCAUGUCUAGCUACCCGUACGGGCAGGGCUACCCAGGAACUGCUGGACAGGCCCCAGGAGCCCCACCAGGCAGUUAUUACCCAGGACAUCCCCAGUAUGGAGGGGGGCUACCCCCUGGUGGGGUUUAUGGAGGCCCAGCUCCAGGAGGGCCCUACCGACCACCACCUGGUGGUGGAGCCUAUGGACAUCCCAGCCCUGGGGGGCUCCCCUCAGGAGCUCCUGGAGGACCCUAUGGAGGUUCUGCCCCAGGAGGUCCCUAUGGCCAGCCUGCUACAAAUCCCUAUAAUGCCCCCCAGCCAGGACCUUAUGGACAAGGCCCAUCAGCAGGAAACAUUCCUCCUGGUGUAGACCCUGAAGCUUACUCCUGGUUCCAGACAGUGGAUUCAGAUCACAGUGGCUACAUCUCUGUGAAGGAGCUCAAGCAGGCCUUGGUCAACUCCAAUUGGUCCACAUUCAAUGAUGAAACCUGCCUCAUGAUGAUAAAUAUGUUUGACAAGACCAAAACAGGCCGGAUCGACCUCUUUGGCUUCUCUGCCUUGUGGACCUUCAUUCAGCAGUGGAAGAACCUCUUCCAGCAAUAUGACCGAGACCACUCGGGCUCCAUCAGCUACAAUGAGUUGCAGCAAGCUCUGUCUCAGAUGGGUUACAACCUGAGCCCCCAGUUCACGCAGCUCCUGCUCUCCCGGUAUUGCCCCCGCUCUGCCAGCCCCGCCAUGCAGCUGGACCGCUUCAUCCAGGUGUGCACCCAGCUACAGGUGCUGACCGAGGCCUUCCGGGAGAAGGACACAAGCAUGCAGGGCAAUAUCCGGCUCAGCUUCGAGGAGUUCCUCAUCAUGACGGCCUCCCGGAUGUUGUGACCCCACACAGCGCAUGAGCCUCCUGGGGGCGGAGCCGGAGGGAUGCUGGCCUCAGAGAUCCAGGGACUUUGGAGACCCUGCCCCGCCCCCCGCCCCCCGCUGAAACAGUGCGGGGCUUCUUCCCUCCCCCCUCCCUCUCUCACCAUUGCCCCAAAGUAAAGUAGAGCUCCCCAGUUCUUUGAGUGGCAACAUUCCCAGAAAGGAAUCUUAGAACCUGACGGUGACUGCCACCCUGGACUGGGGAGGAGCGAGCCCCCAUAGGACCCUUCAGGCUGCGGAUUCUCCCCGGGCCUCCAGGCCUGGGAGAUGGGGACCCAGGCUCUCAAGGGACUCGGUCAGUUCAGGCCAUCGGACCAGCAAGCCUCGCGGCCUUUCCUGAUGGCCCGUGUCCACACUAGCUCAUCUCUCGCCACAUGUAUAUCCUCGUCGCUUCCUUGUGUGUCAUUUUAUAUUAGACAGACGUGGGUUGUCUGCAGAUGAAACAGACCAGGGCCAGACGGGCAUUUCCACAGAACCCCGCGCUGCCCAGCCCCGUGCUGUGCCCAUGCUGCUCGGGCCAACAGGAGCGGGCGCCCUGUGCCCAGCCCGCGUGCCUGCUGUUGCCAAUGCAUCUCUGUGUUCUCAGUCUGUAGGGGCCAAAAGUCCAGCGCCUCCAUAAGCUUCAAUAAAGGGGUGCUACCUCACAA